AUUAAAACAAAUGCUUCAAACGUUUAGUCAAUUUAUUAGUGUUUGAAAGCAUAAGUUGAGCGCACGUCUGAUAAAAAGCUAUUAUUGACAUUCAUUUAAUAUUCUGUACUAAAAAAAUGUCUUCAAAUGGAGAAAAUUGUAAUGGAGUUGACAUUAAUAGUCAAAAUGGGACAAAUGGGACAAAUAAAGACAAUCAAAUCACAUUUGAUGUCCAUUUUGCUACCCGUGCUCUACAUGCCGGACAAGAUCCGUCUCAAUGGACUUCACGGGCUGUCGUUCCUCCAAUAUCUAUGUCAACCACUUUUGCUCAAUAUUCUCCAGGAAAUUUUUCCGGUUUUGAUUAUGGAAGAAGUGGUAAUCCAACGCGAAAAUGUCUUGAAGAAGCUAUUGCUUCACUAGAAGAGGCACAAUAUGCCCUAUGUUUUGCUUCCGGACUAUCGGCUCAACUAAAUGUGACUCAUCUGUUGAGUGCCGGCGACCAUAUCUUAUGUUUUGAUGAUGUCUACGGCGGUACAAAUCGUUAUUUCCGAACAGUUGCGGCCCGAUUGGGUCUUGAAAUUAGUUUUGCCGACGCAAGAGAUCCACAAAAUGUAUUGAAAGCUUUAAAGCCUAAUACAAGACUAGUUUGGAUGGAAACGCCAACAAAUCCAACCAUGAAAUUAGUCGAUAUUAAAGCCGUAGCCGCUAUUGUCAAGAGAGAAGCUCCCGAAGCUAUAUAUGUUGUCGACAAUACAUUUAUGAGCUCUUAUUUUCAACAACCAUUGUCUUUGGGUGCGGACAUUGCUAUGCAUUCACUGACAAAAUACAUGAACGGUCACGCAGAUGUUGUUAUGGGCGCUAUUGCCACCAAUUCAAAGGACAUAUAUGAUAAACUCAAAUAUCUUCAAAAUUCACUGGGAGCUGUUCCGUCACCAUUUGAUUGCUUUUUGGUGAACAGAGGUUUAAAAACUUUGGCUGUAAGAAUGGACAAACACCAGGAAAAUGGAUUAGCUGUGGCGCGGUUUCUUGAAUCUCAUCCAAUGGUCAAAAAGGUGAUUCAUCCCGGAUUGAAGAGCCAUCCCCAGCACGAGUUAGCUUUACGCCAGUGCUCUGGCUUUAGUGGAAUGGUAUCCGCAUAUAUAGAGGGCGACGGAGAGACUGCUUCUGUGUUUAUAAAGAAUCUGAAAUUAUUUAUUUUAGCCGAAAGUUUAGGAUCUGUUGAGAGUCUCAUUGAGAUACCGGCGCUCAUGACUCACCAAUCAUUGCCUAAGGAAACACGAGAAAUGCUGGGAAUUAGCGAUACACUCAUCAGACUGUCUGUUGGUAUCGAAGCGACCGAAGACUUGCUGUCAGAUCUCAGCCAAGCCUUAAAUAUUGCGAAAGARUUUUAUGAUAGAAAAGUGUCGUUAAAAUAACAUUUAUUAUAUAAUUUUAUAUUUCUUAUAUUUUAUUGCAAAUACCCUAUCAAUUGGGUAUCCAAUAUCCAAACAGUAACUUCUCUGCCAUUAUUUUUGCUAAAGAAACUGCAAUUUACUGUCAAUUAUUAUCAAUAAUGUUUAACAAUAUCUGUGCCAAUAAUUACUUUCUAAUAUUAAAUUUACUGUAUUAUUAAUUCUAAAUAUUUAUAUUAAUUAAUAUCUA